AUGAUUGGGCAGCUCCGGGGAGUGGUAAACCAAGUUCGGGUUGAUUGCCACCAGUGGAAGGAGAACAUGGAUCGACUCACCACCAAAAAAGAAGCUGUUAAGGCUCAACUGACCUCGGCUGAAGCUCAAAUCCGAGGUGCUGAAGCGAAAGGCUUGGAUCUGGCCAGGGAAAUCGAGGAGCUGGAGGCCGAGCUGACUAAAGCCCGGACUGAAGCUGCAUAUGCUAAGGCUGAAGUUGCACAAGCCAAAACCAAGGCUAAGAAAAUGAAAUUGAGGGCAGCCUCCAAUCGGGCGAAACGGAGCGGUGAAUUGGCUAAGUGUCAAGCCGGGAGGGAGACUCUCGAGGAAGUCCGUGCUCGAGGAUUUGACCUUGCCGAGGAGAUAGCCGAAGCACAGGCACGGGAAACCGAUGCUAGGUUUCUUGUCUCUUCUGAUGAUGAAGACGUGGUGAGUGGUUACGGGGACGGGGAAAGUGAAGAAGAUGCUCCUGAAGGGGAAGAGGCUUCAGAAGAUAAAGCCAUAUGA